AUGCCCGUCACUCUCCGCCGCUCCUGCGCCGCCUGCGCCCGCGCAAAGCACAGCUGCGACCUCCGCACCCCGCGCUGCUCCCGCUGCGUCCGCCGCAACUCGCCCUGCCACUACGCAAAUGCCCCUCUGACCGCCACCGCCACCGCCUCCGGCUCUGGCUCCGGCCCGGCCCAGGCCCAGGCUCUUGCUCUCACGCACCGCCGUCGUCCUGCCCCGGUGGACAGUCCCGGCACGGCCUCUCCUCCCAGCAGCAGCACCAGCAGCAGCCCUGGUGUUGUGCUCCUCGACUUUGGUCUCGGUGCUGCCUGCGACCCCUUCGAGUCGUACCCCCAGAUCCGCCUCCCCCGCAAUGUCGUCCAGCGGCUGAUGGAUCGUUUCCUCUCCAAGAUUGCCUUUACGUACUAUCCGCUUGACCGCAGUGCCGCGUCAAAUCCCUUCAUCACGUCUUGGUGGCCCCGCGCACUCGCGGACCCGGCCCUGUUCCAUGUCUCUCUUCAGACCGCCUCCCUCGACGAGGAGCUCAUGGCCCAGAAGGGCUUCCCAAACUCCCAGGUCCUCAUGAGCGACUCCAUCUCGCUGCUUCGCCGCAAAGUCGGCGACUCGUCCCGUGCUAUCCAGGACGAGACCAUCAACGCCGUCGUCACCCUGGCCGCCAUCGAGCAUGGCAAGGGCAACGUCGCCACCAGCCUGGCGCAUAUUGACGGGGUCAAGGCCAUGGUCGAACUCAGAGGUGGCAUCAAUGUCGUCAUGCAGGCCAAUUCUCUUACAGCACGCAUGGUGACUUGGGUUGCAUUGCUCGUCACCGGCGAGCCCCAGUUUCCGACCCAGGACGACGCACAGACUCAGCAUCUCAACGAUGGCCUCGCCCCCAUCGAAGAAUGGACCGCUCUCCUAUCCAACCGGGAGAGUUCUGAGCUCGACACUCCGGCGGAAAUGGCAUCCGGGCUAGACCCCAGUGUUGCCAAUGUCUAUUACCAGGUGCGGGCCCUGCUACAGCCCACGGGAACGGCUUGCCUCUUGCCAGGCAGCAAGAUCCACGACUUGACUUGCUUUGCCAUCCACAGAUUGCUGUCAGUAUCGGCUCCCGUGCCACAACAAGCCGGCGAUAACGAUGUCUCCGCCCUGACUGAGUGCCUCCGCUAUGGGCUGGCCAUCUACAUGUUUCUGCUACACGGCCACGCGUAUUACCCCCACGCCGAGAUCCUAUUUAGCUUGGUAGUGCGGCUGCAUAGAUCCAUGGAGCUGUGGACGACUCAUGCCCGACCUCCGCCGGAAAGUCCUCUUGCCAUCUGGCUUUUGUCAACAGGGAUGGUGGCUGCUGCUGCGACCCCGGAGUGGGACUGGUUCGCCCAGCAAGCUGCAGCUCGCCAAGCCGGCAAGCCGUUUUCCUGGACAGAUACCUUGCGCCACCUGCAAUCCGUCCUCUGGCAUGCAAGCGAUUACUACGAGCAGACCUACAAGACGGCGUGGGAACAGGCGCUU